AUGAGUUCUCAGAAAGAUUUUGUGCAUUUAGAAACUGAAGGAAUUGAAUUACCAAACGAAACUGGAGUUCUCGGGCUGCAAAUAUCUGAAGAAGAUGACUAUCUUUUAUCUCAAGCCUACGAUUAUUUUAUACAACAACCUUUAAAUAAUCCUGUUGAAAUCAUCAGUAAAAAAGAAGAAUGCUUGAAUAUAGUUCUUAAUGAACCAGAAACAAAAGGCAAGAAGUAUAAAAAGAGCAACAGAAAUAACCUUGGAGACAAUAAUAUAUUAUUAUUGUCUGAAGAGUGUAAAAUUUCAGAAACAAAUACUAUCUACCAUUGCCAGCCAGGUACAAGUAAACAAAUGCAACCAGAAACCAUGGAUGAUAGUUUUAAGAGUGCUGUCAUAUCUGCUGAAACUUUAAAUUCUAGAGAGAUUGAAAAACGAGAGGGGAGUGGCGAAUUUGAUAUAGAAUCACUCUAUGGAGGUGAUUUCUCUGAUAACGACCCUACAUACCACCCAGAAAAUCAACAAGCUCCUCCUAGUGACUCAGAUGACUCUGAGCUCAUAAAUUUAGAAGAAUUGCUUAAUCCAGAUUUAGUUUACACAGCUGAAAAAAAUAAAAACAUUCAACGGCGCAAAUGUAUACAUAUGCUAUUCGGCAACAAGUCUGAAUCUCGUCAAAUAGCGGAACUUGUGAUGUUUGAUAUAUUUGAACAUAGCUGGAAGAUUUUGAAGCCGCAAUCACGUUGGCGCCAACUGGAUCCCGCAUCUUGGAAAGUUAACGUCGCAAAAAAACGAAGAGCAGAAGGCUUAUCAUAUGUUACUGGGAAAAAGGUCAGAAACCCGAAAGUUCCUACAAUUGUUGACUGUUCUAAAUGUAAAUACCAAUGCUCUAAUAAUUUUACUGAAAGCGUAAGACAAACUUUAUGCAGGUUAUACUGGAGUCUUGAUUUCGUAGGACGAAAAGCUUUUCUACUGAAGCAUGUGAGCGUUAUGCCGACGAAAAGACUUUUAAAAGACCGGAAAAGGAUAACAGAACGUUCUUUUACCAAAAAGUGUUUUUUUGUAGUUGAAGGACAACAAAAGUAUGUCUGUUCUAGAUUUUUUUGCAGUACUUUGAGUAUUUCGCCUUUUACAGUGAAUAAUGCUAUAAAGCGAACAGAUCCAUUUGGCUGUUACUUAGAAGAUAAAGAUCCUCGUGGACGUCAAGAAGCCCCAAAUAAAACCCCACCUGAAAAAAUUGAAGAAAUCAAAAGCCAUAUAGCUUCUUUCCCGACAAUGGAAAGUCACUACACUAGGAAGCAAUCGACACGCAAAUACUUAAGUGCUGGGUUUUCCUUAGCUAAGAUGUAUUCUUUGUAUGUUAAUCAAUGCGAAGAACGUAAUACAAAACCAGUGUCAGAAAUAACUUAUAGAAGAAUUUUUUCUAGGGAGUUUAACUUGAGUUUUUUCGUUCCCAAGAAAGACCAAUGUCUUCUCUGUACUAAAUACAAUCGUGCAAACGCAGAUGAAAAAACAAACUUAGCACAAAACUAUGAAGAUCACAUAAAAAGGAAACAAGCAUGCAAUACUGAAAAGGCCAAGGAUAAGGAGAGAGCAGAAAAAGAACUAAACUUUUUAUCAGCAACAUUUGAUCUUCAAGCUAUUUUACAAAUUCCGAGUACUAAGGUGGGCCUUCUCUAUUAUACCAGAAAAUUGACUGUUUAUAACUUAACCUUAUAUGAAAGCGCGCUGCCAAACGAAGCAUAUUGCUUCGUAUGGACAGAGGUACACGGCAAAAAAGGUAGCUCGGAAGUUGGCACUAUUCUAGCCCAUUAUUUAACAAAUUGCAUUCCAGAAAAUGUAACAGAGGUUAGUUUGUUCUCCGAUACAUGCGGGGGACAAAACCGGAAUCAGUUCAUUGCCGCUUUACUCUUGUGGGUUAUCAAUCAGAGCAAACAAUUACAGAUUAUUGAGCACAAGUUUUUGGAGUCUGGCCAUUCUUACAUGGAGGCUGACUCAAUGCAUAGCUCAAUUGAAUCUGCGAAAAAACAUCGUGAUGUGUAUUGUUUAUCGGACUGGAUCAAUAUAUUCAAAGAUGCCCGAUCAAAAGGCACGUAUAAAAAGGGCACCAAGAAGGUGAAGAAAAACAAAUACAACGUAAAACAGUUCACGUAUUCUGAAUUCAAAGAUCUGAAACAAUUAGCGAGCACUAUAAUUUUAAACAAGACAACAAACACGGAAGGUCAGAGAAUUCAAUGGCUUAAGAUAAAAAGGAUGAAAUACAUAAAAGGUGAUAGAAACAUACACUAUAACUAUGAUAUGUCAACCAGUUUCAAAACAAUGAACGUCACUUGCUCAGGAGCACAACCAAAUACAUCUGCAACUACUGUAUCGGAAAGUCACGGCUAUGCGACAAGGCGUAAAUCGGAACAUCAAGACGUCUGUGAACCUGCGACGUCUUCGACUAGCUGUGAGUUUAUAUUUCCUUCUUUGCAUCAGCUGUACAACAAACCAUUGCCCAUAACUGUAGCUAAAAAGAAAGAUUUAUUAAAUCUAUGCGAAAAGGGUGUUAUACCUGAAGAGUACCAUGGCUGGUUUCAGUCUUUGGCUACAGAUAACAGAACUAUUGACCGUUUACCUGAAGCAGCAAUUUCUGAAGAGUCUGAUUUAUCUGACAAUGAGUAG